AUGUCGCACAAGACGCGGCCCGCCAGGGGGGCGGACAGCGGGCGCCGGCGCGACUGGGAGCCGGGAGAGGUUGGCCGCGUUGCGCACCGCCGGGCGGCAUCUCCCCGCAGCGGAUGGCGCAGCGAAAGCCCGGUUCAUAAGAGAUCUGAAGGUGUUCACCAACAACACAGCGAAUGGCAAGGACAGAAUCGACAAUACAGGGACAGGCAUGAGCAUGAGCGGAGGCGGUGGCAACACAGCAAGGACAGGCACGGAAGCAAGCACCGCUGGGGUCCAGAACCUCUGCAUGUACCAGCAGACCGAGAGCCAGGGGAAGUUGCUUGUUCCUCAGGUCAGAGGGCAGCAGACGACAGCAUCGCACAUGUGGCCCUGCAGGCUCCACCAGGUGAUGGUGAUGACAAAAAUCAAAUGUACAGUGCACAUGAGCAGGCACCUGGUGACCACCAGAAUGUUGUCCAUCAGGACAGCCCUGACUCGUGUGGCCCUGAUCAAUUCAGGCCAUCAGCGAUUUCCCAAUCCUUGACUGUGAGGAUGGCCAACGAUGGAGUGGCUGCGUUGGGCAGUACAGGUGGAUCCUUGAACAGGGUGCCUGCCCCCCACUCAGAAGUUGGUAACCUGGUUGUGAACAGUGGUCAGCUGGGCGAUGCUGAGCGCCAGGCCCGAAUGCAGAAGCUGAAACACCAGAGAUGGGGCACCCAGGUAGAUGGGCCAGCUCAGUCUGCAGCUUCUGCACCUGACUUGGGGGGCGACAAGGUGACAACGCCCAGACCAUUGGUGACAGAGCGACCAGGUGUCCACCAGUUGCAACGGUGGAAGGAAGAUGGCAUGAAGGAUGGCAAAGCAGGAAGGGAGGGCUCUGCACGCUUGGGUGCCAGCACAAGUGGUUCACAGGACAGGGAGCAGAGUGGAACACACGAGACUCCGGGGGCUGGUGGUGCUCCAUCAAGGGAGGCUUCUGCGCCAGUGUUUGGCAAAGAUGUCAAGCAGCAGCACAGCUGUGAGGGCAAGCCAGAAAUGGUGUUGCAACCACCAGCUCGAUCGGAACCUGUGCCUGGUCACCAGCAACAAGACUAUCCUGUCAAGGCGCCAGAGGUGUUGCCUGACUCCCGUCCACAGUCACUGCCCAUCCACCAAGAGACUCCCACGACCUCUGUUGGAAGGUCACUGCCACACAUGGGCUCCACCACACUACAUGCCCCAUCUGCGUCCCUGAGGCAGGCAGGAAAAGACAAGGAGAAAGAGCCAGAUAAGUUAAUGGAUGGAAAUGUGGCCUCCUCAACAGUGCACAGUCACAGGGAUUGGGACCAUGGUGGCCAAAAUCACAGGAGCGAUCGCAGAUCACUGCCCUCUGAUGGCAGGAGGGACUGGCGGUUUGUGAGAAGAUCGCCACCCAGAUCAAGAGGACCCCAAACGUUUAAAGACGAUGUCUGGGUUGCGGGCCAGCCCUACAAGCGUCCUAAUAGGCACAGCCACGACAUCAGGGAUGACGCUCCUCCUUGGAAGAGCAGCGGUUUGAGUGGCACCAGCUCAGGGCAACGCUUUUCAGGGAGCACUUCUCUUCAAGGUGGCGGCACUGUGCGAGGUGCCCUCCCUCCCCAUGGCAGCAAUGCUGGAUGGGGAGGUCCCCAUCCUCAAGCUGGCAUUCCUACUAGUGGGGGUCACACUGCAUAUGCUGACCAUGUGCCACCUUGGAAAUCUGUGCCUGGCAAUGCGGAGAACCACAGGGAAAGACAGAGUGCAGAAGGCGGAGGAAGACAAGACUGGCAGAGGGGAGGCGAAGCUCGAAUGGAUGGGCACAGGCGCUGGCAGUCUUCUGGCCAUGCUGACUCGAGACUAAGCCCUAGGUCCCACGAUAUGCAGCGAUACCAACCCUUGGCUGGUCAGUAUCAGCAUCCUCCUGCACAGCAAAUGGCAAACUACCGCAGUCAACACUGGUCUGCUCCGAGUUACAGGCCACAUGGCAGUGGCCAGCAGUGGCAUCCCCCCCUGCCCCCGGGUCCGCCACCUGACCAAGUCCAAGCCAGGCAGCCAUUGCCACAGCAGGCAGCCCACCGCCCCCCUCCGCCAAGGACGCCUCCAGGUCAGCCGCCACCGGGGCAUCCUUCAGGAGUCGCACCCCCAGUCCCACCAGUCGACCCCCCGCCCCUUCCUCCACCAGACCCUGGGGCAGACGUUCCACCACCGGGCGUUUCUCCACUGCCUCCGCCGCCUCCUGGAUCUCCCCCCAGGGAUCCCCAUUCGGACAAGCAUUUGGACAAUGCCGGAGUGGCUGUCAAGCGUAAGGAAGAUGAUAUGAAGAUGGAUGGGAAUGCCGCAAGUCACCAACAGCAGCAGGGGAUGCGGAAGCGGAGCAGAUGGGAGCCCCCACGCACUGUGCCAAUCCCUGCUGUUGAAAGAGCGCCAUCAGAAACUAGCUCACACCCAUCCUGGCAGAGAUACAGCCAUUCCAGAAGUGCAUGGUCUGGCCACAAUUAUCAGCGAAAUUGGCAAGGCCAGCAUUCACAGUCUCCCGAUUGGAGGACUCUUCAGAACAACAUGCCAUGGAAUUCGUAUGGCGGCAGUGUUCAAGGAACAAGGAUGAGCAGCAGUGUACCAGGCACACCUCCAAAGCCUUCCCAUGUUGGCGAUGAAGCUUGGCUGAAGAGGAUGGAUUUCAACCAAAAGUUAAGAGAUGCCAUGACAAAGGGAUUCAAACGAAUGAGCAAGGUUUUUGGAGGCCAAGAUAUCCCUGGUCGGUUCAGAGCACGGCUGGCAUGCAGAAUGUUCCAUGCUGCUUGUCACGAGUGUGACAGUGACUACUACUGCACCAGCACAGAUGAGGAGGAUGAGUGUGGACGGAAGAGACUUAGGGUCACUAUGGGAAUGAGGCUGCGAGCGAAAAAAUACCUAGAGAAGAUGGUGGAUGUGAAGGGAAAGAAGAACAGGAACAAGCUUCGUCGUCUGGAUGCAUGCCAUCUUCCAUUUGUGGCUGUGUUUGAUCCCAACACCCACUUUCAAGAGGAAGACUAUCCUAUGCGGAUACCAUCGAACCAGUUGAAUCCCAAUGAUGUAGCUACCGACCCAAGAAUGCCGCUUCCACCAACAAGGAAAUACGUCUUGCAGAUCCCAACUCUGGCCAUUGACCGCUUUGCUUUAGCCAUUAAAGAAGAGAAGAGGAAAACUUCUGUUGCAACCAUGAAGCAGCCUCUUCUGCGGCCACCACCAGAAUCUGGUGCCUUUCAUUUCUUGACCAACAAGGGGGGGCUGUCGUGCACAGCUUACAAGCUUGAUGCCCUAAGGUCCAUGGUCUCAGGAGGCCCAGCUUUGGGUUCAAGCGUGUGGCGAGCAGACGACGACCUCUGGCUACCACUGCGACAUGAACCGUACAUGGCAGAGGAACUUAGGACUGUUUGGGCAACCAUCAACCCUGAGCAAGGGGCCUGUGUGACAGACCCUGAAGAGUGUUGCCGCAUUCGUGUGGCGAACGUUGAUGACAUGGAAUGCAGCGGGACUUUCAAGCCGAUCCGUGGUGGCAGUGUGCACGAGACCCCAGAUUCCGUACGCGUGAUGCUCAUUGUGACUGGAAACAGUGGCAGACCUAUCCGAGUAGUGGUGAUUCCUAGGCAGCACGCCUUGGGCCUGAUGGCCAAGAAAAUCGGCGAGGGUCCCGCAAAGGACGCCAGGUGGUUUGCUGAUGCGAACCAGGGGCUGCUCAAGGCGUUGGAAUCAAAAGCUGGUGCUGUCAAAUCAGACACAGGGGUGGGUUUGAAUGUGAGGAGCCAGAACAAGUCCAGAGCCGGGGUGCAUGGUGGGUUCCGUGCUGUGCCAGGCCUGCAGCACCGCGCUCGGUUUUCAGGGGAGGUGUUCAAGAAGGUCAUGGGUCACAAGGGCCCUCAGCGGGCCGGCCUGCCAGCGAUGGGCGGACCCGGACCCAAGCAAGAGCAAAGGGAGGUCGUGGACGACGAGGGGAAGCAGGUUGAUCUUCUGACUGAGCGCCAAGCACGCAUAAGAUCGUUCCUUGUCCGGUUCGCUUCCACAGCAGCCAUGAUCAGCAGCUUUGUUGUCACCAUCUACAUGGGCCAUGUACCGCUGAUGAUGCUGAUCUUUUUCCUACAGUGGUGCAUGGUGCGUGAGCUUUUUGAGCUCGCUCGAAAGGGCCAGCAAGAGAAAAAGUUGCUGCCAGGGUUCAGGGCCCAACAGUGGUACUUCUUUGGAGUGGCGACCUUCUAUGUUUAUCUGAGGUUUGUGAAGAACAAUCUGUUGGUGGAGAUAACAUCUAACGCCAAGCUCAGCCGGCUGUUUGGUUGGCUGCUCAAGCGUCAUUCGAUUGUGUCCUACUCUCUCUACACAGCAGGCAUCAUAUAUUUUGUGCUGAGCCUGAAGAAGGGGAUGUACUUGUACCAGUUUGGACAAUACGCCUGGACGCACAUGAUCUUGCUGGUGGUGUUUGUGCCAUCUUCAUUUUUUGUGUCCAACAUCUUUGAGGGAAUCAUCUGGUUCCUGUUGCCUGUGUCGCUCAUAAUUGUGAAUGACAUAAGUGCAUACAUGGCAGGUUUCUUUUUUGGUCGCACCCCUCUGAUCAACCUGUCGCCAAAGAAGACUUGGGAGGGCUUCAUCGGUGGUUUUGUCAUCACUGUCGGGCUGUCAUUCGUUCUGGCAGAGUGGUUGUCAGAGUUCGAUUGGAUGACGUGCCCCCGGUUGGACUUCUCCAUGGGGCCCCUGUCGUGCCCCAGGGAUGAGGUAUAUGUCCCACAGGUGUACACACUUGAAGAUGUGAGUGUGUUGCUUCCACCCAGCUUCGUGGAGUUCCUGGGGUUUGUUUCACUCCAGCUGCCACCGGUUUUCAGAGACUACAUGAUGGAGGUCACGUUUUCGGCGAAGCCGAUAGUGUUGCAUGGGGCAGUGAUGGCCGUGUUCGCUUCACUGGUUGCACCUUUUGGUGGGUUCUUCGCCAGUGGUUUCAAACGUGCAUUUCAUGUCAAGGACUUUGCAGGUGUGAUCCCUGGACAUGGUGGGGUAACAGACAGGUUCGAUUGCCAGAUGUUAAUUGCGGUCUUCUCGUACCUGUAUUACUUUGCAUUCGUCUACAAGACACACAACGAUGUCGGAAGUGUCCUCAACGUGAUCGAGCAGCUUGAUAAUCACCAGCAAAUAGAGCUCUUCCUCAAGCAGGGAAACUACCUGUUGGGAGUGGGACUGCUACCAGAGUCCAGUCGCCACUGUCUGGAUCAGGUUGCCGCCCUGGUUUCAGAUCUGCAAUGA